GGCCUAAGAUGGCGGCGCCCAUGGGUGUCAGGAAGAGCCGCUCAUGUCGGCGAACACAGCGGUGUGGGGGCGCGUGCGAAGCCGCCUGCGCGCCUUCCCUGAGCACUUGGCUGCCUGCGGGCCCGAGGCCGCGGCUUACGGCAGGUGCGUGCAGGCCUCCACGGCCCCGGGCGGCCGCCUGAGCAAGGACCUCUGCGCGCGGGAAUUCGAGGCCCUGCGGAGUUGCUUCGCCGCCGCGAUGAUAUGUUUCCAGUCUUGUGAAAAUGGCCAAGUCCCACAUACAGGAUCAUCCUAGGCAGAGCAGACCGAGGAUGUGGGAUGUCCAUUUCUGCAGUGCAAGAAGGAAGGUAGCUCACGGACUCAUUUUCCAGAGGGCUUGGUGAAGUCCUCACACCUUCCUUGCUAUCAUUAGGGCCCCGCCCCACCACCCCUUGUUCCCAGCCUGGAUCCAGAGGUGGGUGACUUUUCUUGUUGCUUUUGACUUGCUUCCUGGUUUGUGGCAGUUUCCCAGCUUCCCAGCCCUCCCAGAGGGGAAAGGCAGCCAGGCAGACCUUCACUUUUGUGAUUACUGGUUAGCAACUCUCCUGGGAAAAUGUACACUUGAGAUACAGAUCCAACAUUCCUAGAUAGGUUUUUGUUUUCUCUGCCACCUUUUCUGUGGCUAAUGAGGAGUUAACUGUUCUAGGCAUCUGGCUACUUGUGACCUCACCUACCUGGCACUCCUCUGUCUGAAUCAAAGGACACCCCAGGCCGUGGGUUCCCUGCCCCUCACCUAGUGGAACCUUUUGCUCAGUGACAUGAGCUGGGCUUCUCUUUGAAGGUGACCUGGUUGCAGACCCGAGUCUUUGAGGUUUCUCACAAGAGGCCCUUUUUUGGCCUCUUCUCCCUGUGGUCCCAGGUGCUUGUUGGGGGCCUGCUUGAGGAGGGUGGGGAGGGCUCAGAUUCCUGCUGCGUCCUGUGAGCCGUGUCAGCUGGGCAGGUAAUUUCAGCAUCUCUGAACCUCAAAGUCUUCCUCGGUCAGAGGAUUUCCUGCUGCCCCUUUACGAGAGCAUGGGACCAGAUGUGGUACAUGGGGGCGCUGCACAGAAUCUGGUGCAGAUGGGUGCAGCAAUGAGGUCUUGGUAGGUGUCACAGAUCGUUCCAAGUCCCUUGUCCUAUGGACAGGUGACCCGGAGACCCAGGCCCAGGGCCCUCCGGGUGCCAACCAGCCAAGCCCCCACCACACACCAGCACCCAAGUUCUUUGUAAGCUGUUUGGUAGAAUAUGGCAUUCGAUGUGGUAGAUUUCUUACUUUUGAGCCAAAUCUCACUAGAAAACAAGCUAUUCAGACAAAAUGCUUUAUCUUUCAGGCCAGGAAGACCCCGAAGGGAGGCUGCUAGGAGGGCCCUCUGCACUGUCCUCACAGCCAUCUGCUGCCCGUGGGCGUGAAGCCCUCGCUCUGGU